CUAAGUGAUGAGCUGUGCCCAUUGUCAGUGAGGUAUAUAGCGCGGAGAGAGAAGUCGCUGUUUAAAAACCGCAGACUUUAGGGUCUCACCAUGGCUGCUCCAAACUAUAUAUGGAUUGCUUCGUUUGUUAUCUUACUUACAAGCAACGCUGGAGUUUUUGGUCGCGCAGCGGACUCGUUUGGUUUUCUGUUACAGUCUCUGCAAACCGCUGAUGGACAAUCUGGACAGACUUUACGCACGGAUGGAGUGAGGCGGUGGAGGCGCGUGAAGGCUGCGGCGCAUCGGGGAAACUGCGCGGCGCUGAAAGCCCCCUGGCUGGAAAACAAGCAGCAAGCCCCCGAGGACGGCACGACGGUGCUGCAGCUCCGUGUGCGGACCUAUUCCCCUGGAGAGUCGCUGGGUUUGGGUUUUCCCGGGAAUUAUCUUUCCAGCUUUUUCCGACGGGUUUACCGCUGCUGUAAGAAGAGAGUGGGCUGCGGGAGGGUUAAAGGGAUUCAAGGUAGACUGAGAAGAGAUGGAAGUGUGGAAUUUGCCAUCCCCAGGUGGAUUUUAUCAAUGACAGUCAUGAGAGCCGAGCUUCAUCUUCAGCUCUCUAACCCACGGCAUCUCGACAUCAACCCCACCGUUCCCUUCAUGGUGAAGCACAAUUUUCCUACGAGGUACAGACUGGUUUCACGGGGUGAUGCAGUAGAGCUGAAAGUGGACCUUCUGUCCCUUUUCCAGCACCUGCAGAAAAUGGCAGGUGCUGGAGGCCAAGGUCACAGCUUGGUAAACAUGCAGCUGGGCUGGCUGUUCUCCAACAAGGACCUAACAGGUGGAAAAACCUCUUCAGAAAUUUUGCAGGAUACCAAUGGAACAGCAUGGAAUGAUAACAGGGUCAUAGCUCUGGAAGUGGGCUUGGUCCUGGGCUGCAGUCGGGCUGGAUCUGGAGUCCCCUGUGAAAGUGGGGGUGUUCAUCUUUCACAUGCACCCUUCAUGGUUAUACAUUACAGAUAGGACUUUUUUCAGUAUGGAAACAUUUCAUGUCAAAAAAGUUCAUACUUUUAGAGGUAUCAUGCACUUCAAUGUCAGGUUUCUUAAUUUAUACAAGUUUAGCAAGCUCUACAUAUAAAAAUGCAUAUAUAUGUAUAAGCAUGUAAAUAUUUAGUUUUAAAAGUUUAUUUUGUCAUUCUUUGACAAUAAAGUUCUGAAAAACCA